AUGUAUUUGUCGUUAUUGUAUAUACCUCUGACGAUGUGCAGGUUUAUGGGAGUAUAUCCAGAAGAAAAGUAUAGAACCGGGCAAAUAUUUAUAUUUGUCAUUAUUUUCUUUUGGCAAUGGAGCAUUAUUUAUCUAGCCAUUUUACAUUUGAUUUAUAAGGACCAUAUUACCAUAUCAGAUCUAACAACUGUACUUGAGACUUUAUUUUUAAUAUUUCAAGCGAUGAUGAAAUUGACCAUGUUUUUUGUCAAGGAACGCCAAUUUUACGAUUUACUGGAAAGGAUAAAUUAUUUCUGGAAAGUCGACGAUGUACAGGACGAGGUAGAGAAAAAGAAGCAUCUGAACUAUCUAAAAUUGAUAAAAAAUCGGUCGGCUGUCUACAAUAUUUGGGCCUCUGCCACGACAGUGGCUUUUCUGUUGAAGCCGCUUUUCGUAAAAGGCGAUAAUUUGAUUUUUACCACUGCCACUCCGACGUGGAUUCCAUUUGGUGUUAUGCCGUUUUAUGAAGAGGUGCUAUUUGUUUUUGGCGUGCAUGGACCUAUCGUUGGUAUGGACCUGUUCACAUUGGCCCUUUUCCUAUUGGUGAAGUUGCAGUUUGACAUGUUAAACCAAGAAAUCCAGCGUAUGUUUCAAAAUAUGAAAGAAUCGGAAAUUAAUCAGAGAAUUAAGAAAAUCGUAGAUCAUCAUAAUUUUAUAUUAGAUUACGUAAAUAGAAUAAAUAACACGCUGUCUGAAGGCAUGUUGCUGUAUGUUGUUAACGUACUUCUGGCUAUGUGUGUGGAGAUGUACAUUGCAUCAGUACAGAAAUCAAUAAUGGCCGCAAUCAAAGCAAUCAUGUAUGCAUCCACUGGAGUAUUGCAAUAUUGCAUCUGCUACUGUCUACCUGCACAGGCUGUAACUGACGAGGCUGAGCUUACAUCAAACUACGUAUACUUCAACAACUGGGACAAUCACCCUGUAUCUUCAGUAAAAGUGGCACAAACAAUGAUGUUAGCUAGAGCUCAACAACAAACACUUAUUUUAGCUGGUGGAUUUAUUAAAUUUGAUUUGGAAACGUAUCUAAAAACACUGAAAACAAUGGUGUCUUACGCUAUGUUCAUAAGAACUAUGGGAAUUGGACAGGAUUAGACAGGUUGGCGUUUAAUUGUGGCAU